GUACAAGUCAGAGAGGGUGGUUGUGCUAGGCUUACUUCAUUUUGAAUUUUACAAGAAACUCUGUCAUGUUUUAUAAUGGGAAUUUAUUUUGUCAUCUGUACUCCUGCUUUGACAGGUUUGAAUGAUGGCUUUUCUCAACAAUUUAUUUGGCCCUCUCCUGGGAUCCUCUGCAAUGGCUUUCAUUUCUAAAUUAAAUAUUGAUGAAGGCAAUCUUAUGUCAUCAAUUGCCAUAGCCAUGACUGCGGUGAGCCUUUGCGAAUCUUACCUAGCUUUUCGACAGAGGAAAGUGCUGGCUCAGGAGGGAGAAGUUCCACCAGAACUUAAAAAUGAUAUGGACAAAGAAAAAUUUGAAAAGAGUAGGCAGUAUGCCCUUGAUAAAAAUAUGUUUGGUCUCGUACAAGCUCAGUUUGAUCUCAUUAUUAAUAUUUCAACACUCAUGCUAAAAAUGCAUGUCCUGCUCUGGAUAUCCUCUGAACUCAUCUUAAAUAAGAUAGGUCUACCUAUUGAUAAGUAUGAAAUCAACCAGACUUAUGUAUUCGUAGUUUUAAGCAGCAUUGUUGAGGUGGUUCUGAACACUCCUUUCAAGCUGUACUCAACAUUUGUGAUUGAGGAGAAACAUGGGUUCAACAAUCAGACUUUGGGAUUCUUUGUGAAAGACGAAAUCAAAAAAUUCUUUCUUUCCCAAGUCAUUACUUUUCCAAUACUCAGUGGCAUAAUUUUUAUUAUUAAGGCUGGUGGUCCUUAUUUUGCCUUUUAUGCAUGGGGAUUCACUACAGUUGUUAUAUUAGUGAUGAUGACCAUCUAUCCAGUUUACAUUGCUCCAUUGUUUGAUAAGUAUACGUCUCUCCCAGAGGGAGAACUUAGGACCGAAAUAGAGGCCCUGGCCAAAAAGCUUGACUAUCCACUCACUAAAUUGUUUGUUGUUGAAGGUUCCAAGCGUUCAGCCCAUAGCAAUGCUUACCUCUAUGGAUUUUUCAAGAACAAGAGAAUUGUCCUCUUUGACACAUUGAUCAAGGGCUAUAAGUCUGCUGAUGCCACAGAGGAGGACAAGAAAAAUGGUGAUGAUAAAGAUAUUACAGCAGAGGAGAAAAAGAAGCUAGAGGAAAAACAAAACGCUAAAAAAGAUCGUGGAUGCACCACAGAGGAAAUUGUUGCUGUGUUGGGGCAUGAACUCGGUCAUUGGAAAUAUAGCCAUAUGGUCAAGAUGUUGAUUAUUACAGAGGUGAAAAUUCUCCUUUUUUUCAUCCUGUUUUCAAAGGUAUUGAAUUCAAAGAGUCUCUACCGCGCGUUUGGUUUUUCAAAAAGUCAACCAGCUGUUAUUGGUCUCACUGUUAUUCUUGGAAAUAUUCUCACGCCGUGCAAAGUGGUCAUCAAUUUACUCAUGGGAUGCCUGUCUCGCCACUUCGAGUACCAAGCUGAUUAUUUUGCAACAACCUUAGGAUAUUCUAAAGAGCUUGGUGCGUCUCUUAUCAAGCUGCAUGUUGACAACCUUUCAUUCCCAUUCAAUGAUAGAUGGUACUCACUUUACCACUUCUCCCACCCUACUUUAAUCGAGAGGCUGAGAACCAUUGCACAAUACAAGACUAAGAAAACUGAUUAAUAUUUGUAGUUAGUUUUGAACUUAAAGUUUUUCACAUAGUGAUUAAAAUUUACUAAUCAAGAAAUUGUUCUUACUUCCUUCCUUAAUUUAAUAAUGAAAUUAAAGAAACAAAAAAUCCAAAUGUUUUGAA